CCCCAUUCGUGCACAUACACAGCUGUGAGGGACUAGACGGAGAUCUUGAACAUGAAAACAAACCAGCUCAUGCUGAAGAAAUCGGAAUAGCCUCGAGGGGUGAAAGAGAGAGAGCGAGAGAGAGAGAGAGAGAGAGAGAGAGAGAACGGACAGACACAAAAAGCCCUGAGCCAUGAAGUCCCUCCUUGGUGUUUUUCAAACAACGGACCACAGACAAAAGUGAAGGCAUCAGCAGGAAUCUCGGACAGUCACAGAGGGUGACGCCCUCGAUACUUCAGAGAGAUUUCUGCACCGUUUUCACUGAAGAAAGGAUAAGAUCUGAGGUAACCAUGCCAUCCAAAGGAUCCCACACAAGCAGCUUUGUCUUGUUGGCGUUGGCGCUCAUUUUGGAGUUCAGCAGAGUCCGAGCCUGUCGCCUUGGCUCUGUGACCGAGUGCGAGAAAUCCGCCUUCAUUCCGGGCUACAAUCUGGCAGGGGAAGGUUUUGAUGUGGUGCGGAUGCGUCGAACCGGCGCGUACGUCAUUAACGUCAAAGCUCAUCUGACGGACAACCACACAUGCACGCUGUGUCCAAACCGCUUCCACAAAGGACAGAUUCAGAGACUCCCGGCUGCUGUGCUUGACUGGCGCACCUUCAGUCGAUGCAGCAAGCAGCUUUCUAGCGCUCUACACCACUCGGUGGACUCGCUGUUACGCAGCUCCAGCUCACUGGUCAGCAACAACUGGGGCGUGGGUUUGAGCCUCGAUAACAUCGGAAAGGCGCUUUUGGGAGGAAGCCGCUCGGAGUUGGCGAAGUUUGCACGAUCGCAGCACAGCGUGGACAAGGCCACUUUUGCCAUCCAUGAAAUCAGUUGUACGUACUACAGCUACAGAGUGGCCGACCACCCGCAGCUGAGCGCAGAGUUCACAAAACAUCUGAAGAGACUCCCGCAGAACAUAAACACAACCCAGAGCAGAGCCCUGUACAGACGGCUGAUCGACACCUACGGAACGCACUACAUCCACCAGGUUCAACUUGGCGGCAAGGUGAGGCGAAUCACGGCCUUCAGAACCUGCCUGGCUACACUAAAAGGAUUUUCCGAAUCGGAGAUCAAAAACUGCCUGAAUGCUGAACUCCGCAUGGCUUUGGGUUUCCUCCCUGCUAAUGCAUCCUACUCCAACAAAUGCGACGACCUCUUGAAGGGCAAUAUGAGCAUGGGGUUCUACCAGGGCUUCAUGACACAUAAGAUUGAGGUUAUCGGAGGGGAGAAGUACUUCCCGGACAUCCUCUACCAGCAGGACCCUUCUGAGGCGUACCACAGUUGGAUGAACAGCCUCCAAAACAAUCCAGAUGUGGUUUCCUAUGGAAUUUUCCCACUGCACCAUCUUGUGGAGGAUUCACAGAUCGGCACAAACCUGAGAGCGACCAUCUCACAGUACAUCCAGGAGAACCGGCUGCAGGAGGACCACCUCGGUUUCAAGAACUGCUCUCCGACUCCCAACCUGGACCACAACUGCUGCCCGCUGCGAUCUGGUCGAGGGACACUUAAACUGGAAAUCCACCGAGCGGCCGGCCUCAGAGCAGACACCUUCACCAAAACAGACGCUUAUGUGAAGAUCUUCUACAACGGCAUGUAUGAGGAGACAGACACCGUGAUGGACAACAAUGACCCGGUAUGGAACGCCACGUACUACUUUGGUUCGGUGGAGCUGGGGCGGGAAUUGAGAUUCGAAGUGUGGGAUCGAGAUGUUCUGUACAACGACGUGGCCGGCAGAUGCCUCGUCUUUCCCGAGCGAGGAACUCAUUCCCUGAGCUGCCAGCUGAAGAAAGGAGUUCUGUACUUUUCCUACGCCGUUAAAUGCGACGCUCACUUGACAGGCUUCAGGUGUGGACGCUACUCCCCCAGUGCCGAGUAGCCGACUUGAUGCUAGUUUCUUCUUCUACAAGUAGUUGCUUUUCCUGAAAUAGAAUGAAACCUCACCACUUCAAAGCACUUCCUGUUUUUACAUGAUCAUUCCGAUAAAAGACCAUUAAAAUUUUUUUCUUAUCUUGUA